AUGGACUUUCGCUCGCAGGGUGUUGCUGUGAACGCUGUCGGCUUUCUGUAUGCCUCCGUCGGGUUCUUCCUGGUGAGCUGUACUGUCUUCGCGAGUUCCACGACAUUCCCACAUGCUGCGCAGAGUGUCCUGGGUGCUAUUUUGAACGCCUUCUACCGACAUAGGGUACCCCCUCUAGCCGCAGCUAAGAAUUCGCACAGGAAGGGUCAUUUAGACCCAUCCCUUCCUCGGAGGAACCGACCCCCUUGUACGGAGGCCGAACCUGCUCUUCAUUCUCAAUCCAUAGUUCCAGACAUUACUCUCGACCAGCAUCUUGAUCAUCAGUCUUCCACCACUACUACCACCACAUUCCUUUUAAUAAGUUCAAGCCAGUCAACUACCGAUUAUGGCUCUACCCAGAGGCCAUCUAGCCCGCCAUCGUCGAAUGACUUACGGAGGCUCGUCGAUGUUGACGGCAGUCGCGUUGGGUUUCGUAUGUCAAAUCUGAAGCCCCCGUGGGCUAAAGAAAAACCACGGAUAUCCCGUUCCAGAUCUUCUCCUCAGCUAAGUGACCAACUCUCUCCGCCGUCUUCUCGGCAAAAGGAGCCAAAGGUGAAGAAGAGCAAAAGGGGACCGGAGAGUUUGGAGGGAAAACCAGAGAAAGCUUUGCGUAAAGUGUGCAGUACGCCCGAUCCUGGGGGUGAAAUCACAAUGAAAGCUUUCAGCCGAAAUGCUGUCAAGAAACGGACAGAAACUCUCCGCACGCAGCCAUACGAAGCGCCAUACUUCUGUGCUCCGCCUAUUCCCCUGACUAAACCACUCGAGAAAGAGGUGAAGAAGCCAAUAUCGAAAUCUAGGUCAAUGACAUUUGUUGUCUAG